AUGGCGUGCCCCCUGGAGCAGGCGAUGGCUGUGAUGGUCACCACCUUCCACAAGUACUCGGGGAAGGAAGGGGACAAAUACAAACUGAGCAAGGCUGAGCUGAAGGAGCUGCUGAACAAGGAGCUGCCUGUCUUUGGGAGCAAACAAAUGGAUGAGGCAGAGUUCAGGAGGCUCAUGAACGACCUGGACCACAACAAGGACAGUGAGGUGGACUUCAAGGAGUAUGUCUGCUUCCUGGCCUGCAUCACCAUGGGCUUCAACGAGUUCUUCAAGGACGCCCCCAGCAAGCAGCCACGCAAGAAGUGA